CCAGGGAGUUUCCUGAAAGAGGUGCUGGGGCAGAGAUCUGGGAGAAGGAAGUGUUUUCAUGGCUUGUGUUAAGCCAUAGGUGGAAGUCCUCUGAAGUGACCAUCUAUAAUCUUAAACUCUGUGUUCACUUCUCCUUUACAAUCUGGGGGUGGGGGUGGGGCGCCUAUUGUUAUCCUCUUUUGUCAGGAACGGGCACAGAUGGCCAGAUGUAAAAGGCUUGUGGGUCUGAUUUAUUAGGGCUCCUGCCCUUAGAGCUUUGCCUGCCCACACCCGACUGGGUGGAGUGCCCGUUCCUGUGGAACUGGAAGAUGAUGUUGCCAGUGACUUCUGGGGUGACUCCUUACCCAACUCAUUUUGGAAGGCUCUUCCAGGCGGGGAAACCGAGGCUAGGUGGGGGCGGGGCCGUGCUUGAGCCAAUGGGCGCGCGCCCCGCCCUCAGCCAGCCUGGGCGGCCUGGUAACCGCAACCCGCAGCCUCGCAAGCCUCUGAGCCAUGGCGUGCGCCGGGCUGCUCACUGUGUGCCUGCUCGGGCCACCUGCGCCCCAGCCGCCGCGACACUCUGCGCCUGCCGCGGGACACGCGCUUUUCCAGGACGCCCGAGGAGGCAUGUUCCAGGUCAGGAGGCACACAGAGAUGUGAAUGGAGUGUCUUCACUCCAAGCUUCGCUCUCCUGCCCCAUUCCCACUGUUUUCCGAAGAGCAGACAAGAAUGACGAUGGUAAGCUCUCCUUUGAAGAAUUCCAGAAUUACUUUGCUGAUGGGGUUCUCAGCUCUGCGGAGCUGCGGGAACUGUUCAGCGGCAUCGAUGAACAUCUCCCUGACAAUUUAGAAACAGAGAAACUGUGUGACUACUUCUCCACACACCUGGGUGUCUACCGGCCUGUGCUAGCUGCGCUGGAGUCUCUGAACAGAGCAGUGCUCACUGCCAUGGAUGCUACAAAGCUGGAGUAUGAACAGGCCUCCAAGGUGGACCAGUUUGUCACACGGUUCCUGCUGCGGGAGACUGUGAAUCAGCUCCAAGCCCUACAGACCUCCCUCGAGGGAGCAUCAGACACCCUGGAGGCCCAGGCCCGUGGUCAGCGGUUGGAUGAAGAAAAGAUCAAAGAACAGAGUAGGUCCUGUGGCAGCCGGAGGGCAGGACGCAGAGCCCUUAGGAGCAUCAGUUGGUCACCAUCCUGGUCUCCUAGAUCCUCUGAUACAGGGAGGAGUUCAGAGGCUGAGCUGCAGUGGCGGCUGCAGGUCAACCGCCUCCAGGAGCUCAUAGACCAACUUGAGUGCAAGGUACCCCGGCUGGAACCCAUGCAUGAAGAGGACUUUACCAAGGGUCUUGACUCGCACAUCCUUGUGGCGCAGAGGCAAGUACAGGUGGCAGAGGAUGCCCUGCAGGAUUUUCAUCGUGCUCUGUGCUGCUACAUGAACUUCACAGGGGCCCAAAGCCAUUGUCUGCAUGUAUCUGCCCAGAAGAUGCUAGACAAUGCUGCUUUCACCCUGUAUGAGUUCUGGCGGGACGAAGCCUCCUGGAGACGGCACCAGCAGUCACCCUGCAGCAAGGCCUUCCAGCGCACCCUCAUCGAUCACCUGCAGGCGCCGGACAAGCUCACCACUGUGUUCUUCCCAGCCUCCUGGUGGAUUAUGAAUAAUAACUGAGUUGGCUCUGCUUAAGCUGUGACUGCAGCCCUGCCUACCGCUCUGGAGCACUCUGCACUGGUCGGCUCUACACUUUAAUCAAGGAACCUGCCUGUUCCCAGGCUAAAGGCCUGGUCACCUGUUAGAGGGUCUCUCAGACCAGGGAUCAGGAGCUAGGCCUUUUACUUGCUUUAUUUAUUUUACUGUUUGUAGCUUCUAAACACCUGGGCUUCUGCCUGGUUCAGGAACUUCAGAUUCUGGACCCCCUUUCCUCUAAGUUGCUGUGUGACCCAGGCAGAUCCCUUACCUCUCUGGCUGCCUAGGGGAGUCCUGCUUUCUACUUGCUGCUUUGGGGUUAAGUUUUUGUUCUUCCUCAACAGUGGCAGAACCAGGGCUGAUGCUCAGGGACCCCCACCCACAAACCCUGGAACCUUGACCCUUGAGGCUAGGCCAACUUAGUCUAUUGUAUAGAGACCUGGGUGUCUAAUACCCUGGGGUCAGCUCUAAAAUUUCUAGCAUCAGUGGUUGUACCAGAGACCUCUAGAAGAUCCUGGGUUGAUUUGCAUGUCAUUUGCAUAUCAUUUGCAUGCUCUCACCCCACCUAUUCUCAGGGCACUAUGGGAAGCCCCAAGAUGACCUUGCAGAGUAGCAAUAAUUUGGGCCUAGAGUUGCCUGCUGCCCCCCCAGAGAUCUCUGAACCCCAGUCUGGGAAUUGGCACACAGAGGCAAUAAAGUUGGUAGUCACC